UCAAAAAGUAUCGAGACUGAUACGAUUAAUCGUAAACCGGUUUGAGUAUGAACUUGCAUGUGCUAUAUUAAUCUAACUUUAUAUGUUGGGAAAAUAUAUUAGACAUAGAUUAGAUUAAAAUUGUUUCAGUCGGCUUCUAGGUGCGAUUAAGUCAAGUAUGUUUUUACGUCCCGUCGGAUUUCAUAAUGAGCGAAAAUACAGAACAACGAGUGUGCAUUAAAUUUUGCCAUAAACUGGGAAAAACGGCUACUGAAACCUACCAAAUGUUAUUGUUAGCUUAUGGAGAUGAAACCAUGUCCCGUGCUCGCGUUUUUGAAUGGUUUAAACGAUUUAAAGAGGGUAGAACAACUGUUGAAAGUGAUGAACGUGAAGGACGCCCAUCAACAAGCCGCAAUGAGGAAAUGAUACAAAAAAUACGAACAGCAAUACGAGUUCAAACCAUAUUGACGACUGAUUUAGACAUGAGAAGAGUUGCAGCCAAAUUUGUACCAAAACUGCUCUCAGGUGAGCAAAAAGAAAAUCGAAAACAGAUCGCCACUGAUUUGCUAGAGUGUUCCGAAUCUGAUGAUUUUUUUUUAAAUCAAUUAUAA